AUGUUUCACUUCUUCAACCGCGUUGCCUGUUGGGUUCUCACCGAUGCCAAGUCUUCCACGCUCCUUUCAGGAGUUGCUUCCCGAAAUGCGGUGUGGACGCAACGUCUACGACGUGCGGCAGGCUUGGUCCUUCGGCAGUGCUGGCACAUUCCGAACCUGUCUGAGCUGUCUCUCAAGCGGGUGUGCCACAAACGGAAUGUGGUGGACUGCUUCGACUUCUCAGCUGCCCAAGCCUUCCUCAACGAUGCACAGGUGCAGAAGGCUCUGGGGGUUCCGGUCGGCCUGGCUUGGCGACCCUGCAACCUGCAGGUGGAUUCUGCGUUCGUGCGCAGUGGUGAUUACAUGAGCUCCACUGAUGGGCUGGUGGCGGAGCUUCUGGAGCGUGGUGUUCCUGUGCUGGCCUACUCCGGGGACACGGAUCUUAUGGUGGACUGGCUGGGAACGAAAGGCUGGAUGGAGAAGCUGGCCUGGCGUGGGCAGUCGGACUGGGUCGCCGCCCCGCUGCGGACGUUCCAUGUACAUAACAAGUCGGCCGGGCGGGAGAAGUCCUACGGCGGCUUUACGUUCCUUCAAGUGUUCGAGUCGGGUCACCUGGUCCCCAAGGAUCAGCCGGAGGUGGCCCUGAUGAUGCUCCGACGAUUUGUGUCCUUGCACUCCGACUGGGCGGCUGCACCGCCCGCAGUGCUACAGUCGGGCCCCAAAGAUUUGGGCCUUAGGACGCAGUCUUCGAGAGAGCCGGCUUUCUUGGCUGGGCUCUCGGCGCUCUUGGGGGCCCUGUGCCUGGCAUGGGCUUUGCGUCUCUGGAAGCGGAAGGAGCCCGAAGGGCAAUACUCCCUGAUGACGUAG